AGUCAUGGCUGGAAACCUGGAAGCUAUCAUGGUUGGGCUGAUGGCCAUUUUCAAGAAGUAUGCUGGAAAAGAUGGAGAGGGACAAAGUUUGAGCAAAAGUGAACUGACCGAACUGGCACUUAAGGAGUUCCCCACCUUGUCUAAAACGGAGAACAAAGACAACAUAUUACAGGGAGUCUUCGGACAGAUGGACAUGGAUGGUGACAACGAAGUGACCUUUAAGGAAUUUGUCCUUUUUGUUGGAUGUGUGACCAUGGCUCUGGGAGAUCAUCUUGGCUAGUGAUGGGAGUGAUUGAUAUGUUACUAAUAUUUGUCAAUAAACUACUUAUAGACCUCUG